AUGAGUGAAUCAAUGAAGAGUUGGAAAAUCAUUUUAAAAUAUCUCGACACAGCAACAUUGAAAGUUUUCUUGAAUUUGUCAAAAGAAUUUCGUGAGUCGAUUAUUAAGUCACCGGAGUUGAUGAGAAAAAUUCCUAUUGUUCUUUGUGAGCAUUCAUCUUGGAGGGAUUUGAUUCCUUUUUUGGAAAAGUAUGGAGAGCAUGUGAUGGAAAUGAAAUUUCUUUCAGUUUCCUUGCAUGAACUUGAAGAUGUUGGAAUUAUUUUGAAAUUUACUCCCAACCUUGAGAAUUUGUGUUGUAGACUUAAUUUCGUUAAGACUUAUGUGAAUGCUGAUGGCGACAUAAUCUAUGGUAUAUUUGAAGAGGAGAUUAAAGAAGAUUGUAUCGAUUUUAAAUUAGGUAAAUUGAAAGUUGUCUCGAUUGAAUCACCUGAAAAAAUUGUUUUGAUGCUCAUAAAGGCUUUGAAGCAUUGUGUAAACAUUGAGGAGUUUAAUCUUUCCACAACAAUAACAAGACAUGAACAAAUCAUUGGAGAGUUUCUAGAACAUCAGAACAAUUUGAAAAAGUUGUCUAUUGAAGGAAGUUCAGACAACUUGUUGGAAUCCAUUUUCACCAGAAGCCUUGUUGACAGGAAAUUUCAAUUAAGAGCAUUGAAGUUGGAUUGUGAGCUCGACAAGUUCUAUCCAAUAUUGUCUGAAUUUCUUAACACUCAAACUGAUUCACUAGAAGAGUUGGAAAUACCACAUUAUGGAAUGAACUUUCAUUAUUUUAGACUCAUCUUGAAGUGUGUAAAUUUAAGGAAGCUGAUUAUUAACUUUGAUGGAAUGUUUAAUGGGGAUAGAAUUGCUGAAAUCAGAAAUAUUAGAUUACCAAAUGUAACUUAUGUGGAGUUCAAAGACUUCCAAUGUGAAUUUACAGUUUUUGAAGUUGUACUCGGAUUAUUUCCCAAUAUUGAGGUUCUCAACACACGAAUAAUUUAUUUCUCGUUACACGGAAUCUUAGACAAUUUCCCAAAACUGAGAAAAAUCAUUUCAUCUGAGUUUCGUGUUGAACUUUUGAGUUUUGCUAAAAGCCAAAGUUUGAAACAACUUGAUGUAAACAUUACAAUUUCUAUUCGGGACACUUUCUUUUGGGAUCAUUUGGCAAAAAACAUUCCCAACAUUGAAAACCUGACAAUCAAAUACGAAAAUAAUCGAAAGCUGUUGGAGACAACAAAUAUGAACUCGAAAGCUUUGCUGAAAAGCCUCAAAAGCUUUAAAAAACUGAAGCAGUGUAGAAUAACAGAUCCAUUUUCGCAAACUGUUUACAUUAAUUUAGAUGAAGAUAGUGAUGAUAAGGUGCCUGUUUUAGAUGAAAAACAACCUUACACAUUUAUUUUGGACAUUGUUUUAAAAGAAAUUUUUGCUACAAGAAAUUUCCUUUUAGAACAUUCACAGGAUUUAAAAGAACUUUCUGAAAUUUUUGAAAUUAAAGAAAUAGUGGAAAUAUCCAUGUGA